CCCAUCUUGGCGGAAUUAAUUUAGUUCUCUUUUUACAACCCACGAUGCGGUUUUGUACGAUCGCUUUGGUGCUGCUCUGUGUGCUCCACGUCUCAAAUCAGAAGCCAUUUUUACCUGUUUUAAACAACAUCCACAAACACUUCGAGGAUAAGGUCAUAAUGAUAAACGAAAUGUUCAAUGGUAACAACGAUGAUAGCUCUGCACCGGAACCGGAACCGGAACCAUCACACGCGAAACCCAAUACAUAUUCAAAUAAGAAGGCAAACACUAAAGAGGACGAAAAGAGGCAAUUCCUGAACACGCUGGUCAAGCUUUGUAAAUCAGAAACAGAAAAGGGAUUUGUAAAUCCCAAACAAACCAUCAGUAAUAUUAACACGAUCACGAACAACAUCAGCAUGCCGGAAAUUCAAUUGCCACCGAUUACGGUUGUCAUCGUGAAGGAUGAAAAGGAGCUGGCCAAAUACCAAGAGAAAUCUAAAAACGGGGCCAUAAUAAUCAAACGUCGUAGCAACGCCAAGGAGGAUACCAAACCUGCACCCAGAACGGGGUUGCAAGAAAGGACUAAGAAAGGAUUGAGUGCGGGCAUUAAGAAGUGCGUCCUUAUGAAAAUCAAAGAACUUAAUGUUAUAAAAGCGUAACCGAACUAACUUUCUAAAUUAAAUUAAACAUUCAAUUU